AUGAAGCUGCUUCAGGACACUGAGGGUGCGACAAACAAGAAGUUGGUGAAGUCUCAGGUGGAGAAACGUCGCAGGGAGAGGAUGAACCGGAGUCUGGAGCGCCUGAGGACCAUGCUGCUGCAGGAGCCACAGCAAGAAGGGACGCAGCACCGGGUGGAGAAAGCUGAGGUCCUGGAGCACACGGUCCUCUUCUUACAGGAAAAAGCCAAAGAACGCAAGACUAAAGGUCCAAGAUCCUCCUUCCAAGAUGGUUUCUCCUCCUGCCUGCAGAGCGCGUCUCACUUCCUGGGGCCCAAAGGGAAAGGACUCUGGAUUGGACCGGCGCUGGACGCAACCUUCUCCGGUCGCUUCACACGCUCUCACAACGAUUCUGCAGCCGCUCCGAGCAGCAGCUCCCUGACCCACACCAAGUCCAUCCUUCAGAUGCUGAGACGGAGGUCCCAGGUCGGCCAGCAGGCGUGCGGCGAGAGCGGCGGCGCUCGCUCUUACCGGCUCCCCGCCCAGCAAAGCUUUGCUGAAGUUCCCCAGCAGCCUCAGACACACAGCGGGCUGGAAAGGAGGGCAGAGAGACCGGAGACCAAAGAGAGCUCGUCUCAGAGUCCCCCCCUGACCCAAACUCUGUGGAGACCGUGGCCCUGA